CAUGAAUUAAUUAUCAACAAACAAAGGAAAUGUCUUUGAUGAAAAUGCUAUGACAGAUGAAAAAGGGAAGAUUAAAUCAUAAACUUCAUAAGUUUAUGUAUCAUCAAAUGAGCAACCAACACUUUUAAGUUAGAAUUUUGUAUAUGAUGGAUUCAAUACUCCAAAAGUAUGAAAUAAAUACUAUUUAGAUUCCCUGCUUAUAUCAUAAAGGAAAUAUUUUAACCAAUUUUUGCUCAUGUAUUCAAUGUUUACUUCCAUUAUGUCCACAAUGUGUAGAAGAGCAUAUCAUAAAACAUAGGGAUGAAAAGACUCAAAAUAAAAUUGAAUGCUUAGAGAAUGUCUUAAAUACUGUAUAUAAAGAUGUUGUUCAAGAAAGUUUGAAUAUUAUUAUAAUUUAAUUAGCUAAUUUCUUUGCAAAGAGUUAUUUAGAUUUGGAAAACAACGUUGUUAGAAUGGCUGGUGCUAAUAAUAUUACAAUCGAUAAAUUAAAUAAAAUAUAAGAACGUAUAAUUAAAGUUGUUGAACAAUUCUUUAAGUCUUUAAUUAAUGAUGUAGAAAAUAAACAAAAAAAGAACUAAUAAAAUCAAGAAAAGGAUGCAGAUUAGCUUAAACAAUUGGUAUCAUUUAUAAUUGAUCUUUAGGUAAAAGAAAGAUGGUCAUCUCAUAUUACUUUUCUGGAAACUUUGAAUUCUGUAAAUAGUAUGACUUCAGUAAUAUAAUAUUUUGGAACAACUUUACUUGAAGACAAUUAAACAUAUUUCAAUAUCUUGGAUGAAUAUUCAAACAGAUUUGAAUAAGUUUCAUCAGAUAUUAUUUUCUAUUAAGAAAAAGCGUAAUUUAAAUUAAUAAUAUUUAGAAUAGAAAUUGCUGCUCAUCUAAGUCAUAUAAUCAAAAUUAGACAUAAUGAUGUACCAGAAUUCAUUAAAAUCCACACUCUACCAAAUCCAAAAUUAUAAGAUGCCUUUCCUCUCCGUUCUAAAGCACCUAGUCAUAUCAAGCCUUCAUAACCCUUAUAUCCAUCUAUCUAAUAGUCACCAUUCACUCCACCUUAACAUGUGAUUACAGGAGCCACAAGAAUACUUGACAGUGGAACAUUUUACACCGACAAACGUUAUACAGACUCAUUAAAUAGGCUACCAUAGUAUUAAAUGAGAUGAU